AUGCAGGGAGUGACAGUUUGGACGUGUGACAUUAAAGAAGAACCUCGAGAGGAGUCUUCAAAGGAACAUGCAAUCGUGGAAGUCAAAACGGAGCCUUAUAACGUUGCAAUCUUGACUGGACAGGACCAAAUGGGACAUAAGUGUGAUUCAACAUCAGAAGGCAUGACAGCUGGGAUGUGUGAUGUUAAAGAAGACCGUCAAGAGGACUCUUCGAAUGAACAUCCAAUCAUAGAAGUCAAGACAGAGCCUUAUGACGUUGCCGUCUUGACAGAACAGGACGAGAUGGGACACAACUGUGAUUCAAGAUUAGAAGCAGCAAGAGAGAGUCCCACUACUCCUCCAUCGGAUGCUCAGAUGGGAGAGACGGGUAUUGGGUGCGACAUCUGUUCCUCUGUUCCUGGGUUCUCAUGGUCUGGGAGUGACGAGAACCACGUGUUGAAGCAUACAGACGAGAAGCCAUGCAAGUCCAAUCUCUGUUCUGCACAGUUCCGGUGGAGCACGAGCCCAUGGUGUCACAAGCGAGCACAUACGGGCAAGAAGCCGCACAAGAGUGAUCUCCGCCUUGCGGAGUUCAGCCAGAUUGCGCACCUGCAGCUGCGGAAACGAGCACACACAGACAAAAACCGAUACAAGUGUGAUGUCUGCCCUGCGCAGUUCAGCCAGAGCCGCCACCUACAGUAUCACAGGCGGACACACACGGGCGAGAAGCCAUACAAGUGCGAUGUCUGCCCUGCAGAGUUCAGCACGAGUGUCCAGCUACAGUAUCACAGGCGGACAUACACGGGUGCUAAGCCAUACAAGUGCGAUGUCUGCCCUGCAGAGUUCAGCCAGAGCGGGAACCUACACCAGCACAAGCGGACACACACGGGCGAGAAGCCAUACAAGUGCGAUGUCUGCCCUGCAGAGUUCAGCAGGAGCGGGAACCUACAGCAGCACAAGCGUACACAUACGGGCGAAAAGCCGUACAAGUGCAAUGUCUGCCCUGCACAGUUCAGCACGAGUGUCCAGCUACAGUAUCACAGGCGGACACACACGGGCGAGAAGCCAUACAAGUGCGAUGUCUGCGCGGCAGGGUUCAGCCGGAGUGGGAGCCUACAGCGUCACAGACUGACACACACGGGUGAGAAGCCAUACAAGUGCGAUGUCUGCCCUGCAGAGUUCAGCCAGAGUGGGAACCUACACCAGCACAAGAGGACACACACGGGCGAGAAGCCAUACAAGUGCGUUGUCUGCGCAGCAGGGUUCAGCCGGAGUGGGAGCCUACAGUAUCACAGGCGGACACACACGGGUGAGAAGCCAUACAAGUGCGAUGUCUGCCCUGCAGAGUUCAGACAGAGCGGGAACCUACACCAGCACAAGCUGACACACACGGGCGAGAAGCCGUACAAGUGCGAUGUCUGCGCUGCACAGUUCAGCACGAGUCUCCAGCUACGGUAUCACAGGCGGACACACACGGGUGCGAAGCCAUACAAGUGCGAUGUCUGCCCUGCAGAGUUCAGCCAGAGCGGGAACCUACACCAGCACAAGUGGACACACACGGGUGAGAAGCCGUACAAGUGCGAUGUCUGCCCUGCACAGUUCAACACGAGUGUCCACCUACAGCAGCACAGGCGUACACAUACGGGCGAAAAGCCAUACAAGUGUGAUGUCUGCCCUGCAGAGUUCAGCCAGAGCGGGAACCUACACCAGCACAAGCAGAUACACACGGGCGAGAAGCCAUACAAGUGCGAUGUCUGCCCUGCAGAGUUCAGCAGGAGCGGGAACCUACAGCAGCACAAGCGUACACAUACGGGCGAAAAGCCAUACAAGUGCGAUGUCUGCCCUGCAGAGUUCAGCCAGAGCGGGAACCUACACCAGCACAAGUGGACACACACACACGGACGGGCGAGGAGCCAUACAAGUGCGAUGUUUAUCCUGCCGAGUUGAGCAAGAGCACGGAGCUGUGGAACCACAAGUGCAGGCACGAGGGCGAGAAGCCAUACAAGCGCGAUGUCUCUCCUGCAGACUUCAGCCAGAACACAAGUACGUCUUUUUACGAGGGAAAACGCACGUGUAAGAAGCUGUACGAGUGCAGUCCCCUCUCUUGCAAAGUUCAGCCAUGGCAAUGAUCUUGCGGCACUAUGUGCAGGGGAGAAGCCAUACACAAGUGCCAUGUCUACCUGCAGAGUCCAGCCAGAACACAAAUCUGAACAAUUAUAAAUGCGCACACACGGGCCAGAAGCCAUACAGGUGCGAGUUCUGACCUGCAGGGUCACCCACAGAACGAAUUGCGAUGUCACAAGCAGACACAUAUGACAGAGGAUCCCUACAAGUGGGAUGUGCGUCUUGCAGAGUUCAGCCACAGCGUGGGCCUGUGGCAUCACAAGUAGACACCGACAGAUAUGUGAAACCAUACAGAAGUAUUCUCUGUUCUACAAACUUGGCAUAGCAUUCCGCAUGCUGAUUCCACUAAUAUAUCUGAAAUGUCGUGCCGCAAUAGAGUUGAAUUGCACAGAAACUUUGAAGAUCCCUUGCUCCCAUUGCACCACGCUUAAAGUUGAAUGGAAUCAAUUACUGCGUAUAGUACCUUCCAAGGGGGAUGUGUUUACUAAAGAACAGAUGAAGAUAACAAACAACAUAUAUACAUAUUCUGAUGAUGAAGUGGGGAGGUUUUCCAUAGCUAGGGUGUCUAAUAUGAGUGGUGACAAUGAUAAGUGGUGACGAUGAGAGGUGACUGGAAUGAUCGGAGCUGCGGUGGCGAUGCUGAAUGUGAUCGUGAUGGUGGAAAUGUCCAAAUAUAACAAAACAUAGGCUAGACUCAUCAAUAGAUCGUAUUGACAAAUAUAAUAGAAGUCAGCUGGUGCAUGCAACAUCAAAACGGAAGUGUGGUUCUGCCAUACUGUAGCAUGAGCUCGUGAACAAAUUGUACAUGGCCUCAUGACCGUGUCAACUACUUAAAAGAAAGUCAACUUACGUUAACAUGAGUACGGAUUUGUCCAGCCAGUGCAGCAGUUUAUAUACACACUGUAACCGUUUUCAUGUCUUGAAAGGUGUAAUACUUGCAGUGCGUAUACCUUUUUCGGUGUAAUUUUGGUAAGAUCAUAAUGGAGCACGGUUUCGCACUAAUUUUCUUUACUCAAAUGUUGUGUGUUCUCCAAAAAUUCAGUCUUGCAACGUCUCAACAUUGUUGAACAGUAUUGUAGACACUUGCACGUGCUCGAUUAUCGGUAGCGAUGCACAUAUGCAUUAGCACCAAGACAUAAUGAAAGCAAGAUUUGCACUGACACUUGAUCUUUUCUAAUGCUUUCCGAAUUUUUAAAAUAUCAUCCUGGAGGUACAAUGUUACAAAACCAGGUUGAAUGCGCAUAGCGCUCACGUUUAAAGGUGUGAAAAAGUUUACAGUGCACUGAGCACACAAGCACGUGGAAGAACAUGCAGCCAUAUGUUAGCAGUAGCUAUCGUGCUUUUGCGUUAUUGACAGCUGCCGUGUGACUGCAUUGCUUUUCUGUGCUCAUUUAUUGAGUGUGGAUAUAGACAACAGUAGUAAACGAGGCUAAACAAGCACCCAUGUUGCACUUGCUCUCCUUCUUUUACUUUGUUGAUAGCUGUCAUAUGGCCACAGAGUUUGUCCAUGUGCUCAUGUGUUCAGUGUGAAUAUAGUGCUAAACAACCACAAAAAAGUGUCCUUUUUGUGUCUCCUGAAGCUCAAGGCUUUUCUUUCAAACAAAAAUGUAUGCUUGCUGUUCGGCAUCUUUUUGUGAGUAGGAGUGUUGGAAAUUACUCGACGACACUGCAGCUUUACACUGAUGUGAUCUGUGCACUCUCUAUUAUAUGGCCUCAUAUCCUGUAUCGGUAAUCCUUAAGAAUGGAAAAACACACCCCUGUGGAGUCAUGCCACACGAUUUGUCAUAUCCACCUGCAUCCACAUUGCAAUUAUGCCCCUAUUUAUGGCGAAUGCCAGUAUGCCUCUAAUACGGCUGUUGUGCCUGUCUUGAACGUCUUCUGAAUAACUGAGUUCAAAAAUGGUAGUAAACCAAACGAGUAACCGCUUCUAAUAUA